GUGAUAAAAAAGUAAAAAUUGACGCCGAAACCAUAGCCGCCAUUAUUGUGAAAUAAAUUUUUCAAAAUAAAUUUCACGUGCUCGUAUCGGAGUACGAAUCGAAAUAACUAUAUUAUUUAGUUUAAAAUCCACAAAUCAUGGCUGACAACGACGAUCUUCUGGACUACGAAGACGAGGAGCAGGCAGAUCAGCAGACCGCUGACGGGGCGACCGAAGCGGCGCCAAAGAAAGAGGUUAAGGGAUCCUAUGUAUCUAUCCACAGCUCAGGCUUUAGAGAUUUCUUGUUAAAGCCCGAGAUAUUGCGCGCCAUCGUCGAUUGCGGUUUCGAGCAUCCUUCGGAAGUACAACAUGAAUGUAUUCCGCAAGCUGUCCUUGGAAUGGAUAUCUUGUGUCAAGCGAAGUCGGGUAUGGGAAAAACCGCCGUUUUUGUGCUGGCGACACUACAGCAGCUAGAGCCAUCGGAAAACCAUGUCUACGUCCUCGUUAUGUGCCACACGAGAGAGUUAGCUUUCCAGAUCAGCAAGGAAUACGAACGAUUCUCCAAAUACAUGGCCGGCGUCAGGGUUUCGGUGUUCUUCGGUGGUAUGCCGGUACAGAAAGACGAAGAGGUCCUCAAAACGGCGUGCCCUCACAUCGUCGUCGGUACGCCUGGCAGGAUUUUGGCGUUAGUAAACAGUAAGAAACUGAAUCUGAAACAUUUGAAGCACUUUAUACUUGACGAAUGUGACAAGAUGCUCGAAUCUCUGGACAUGAGACGCGACGUGCAGGAGAUAUUCAGGAACACGCCGCACGGCAAGCAAGUCAUGAUGUUCUCCGCUACACUGAGCAAAGAGAUCAGACCGGUGUGCAAAAAGUUCAUGCAGGAUCCUAUGGAGGUGUACGUGGACGAUGAAGCCAAGCUGACCCUGCACGGGUUGCAGCAGCAUUAUGUUAAGCUUAAGGAAAAUGAGAAAAACAAGAAGCUGUUUGAACUACUUGACGUUCUGGAGUUCAACCAAGUAGUCAUAUUUGUCAAGUCAGUGCAGCGCUGCAUAGCCUUAGCACAGUUGUUAACAGACCAGAACUUCCCUGCUAUUGGAAUCCACAGGAACAUGACUCAAGAUGAGCGUCUCUCUCGCUACCAGCAGUUCAAGGAGUUCCAGAAGAGAAUCCUGGUUGCCACCAACUUGUUUGGUAGAGGAAUGGAUAUUGAGCGAGUGAACAUUGUGUUCAACUAUGACAUGCCUGAAGACUCAGAUACGUACCUGCAUCGUGUGGCUCGUGCCGGAAGAUUUGGUACUAAAGGCUUAGCGAUAACCAUGGUGUCAGACGAGAAUGAUGCCAAGAUCCUCAAUGAAGUGCAAGACCGCUUCGAUGUCAACAUUACGGAGUUGCCCGAAGAGAUUGAGCUAUCAACUUAUAUAGAAGGACGAUAAAUUACUAGAAGUUUCCAUUCCUUUUGUAUUACUUAUUAAUUGAACUUUGUGAAUGCCCUGCAACUCAACUGACUUAGUGCUGAUUAUUGUUUGAUUUCCAAUUUAUUUAUCAUGCAGAUACAUUAUUUUUAUGACAUGGUACCGUGCCAGGCAUUCAGAAAGUACAGUUUUGUCAACACAAGUGUGUUUCAAAUUAUUUGACUAAGAAAUGUUCACUAUCUGGAGUGUGUUUGAACUUUGUGAAUGCUCUGCAAGCCUUUUAUAUUGAUUCAGAACAACUAGUGUAGAAUAUUAUUUGAUUUUCAAUUUAUUUGAUCAUUUAUCAUGCAAAUACAUAUUUUAUGACAUGGUACCAUGGUAGGCAUUCAGAAAGUACAGUUUUAUCAACACAAGUGUGUUUCAAUUUGACUAAGAAAUGUUCACUUUCUGGAGUGCAGUGUUUUGUGUGUUUGUAACACAGAUUGCUCACGUCCAGAUACAAAGUAACUCUAGGUUAAAGAUUAAUUAAAGUAACAUUUGAUAUUGUGAUAAA